GCUGACAGCUAUCCGCCACCGUCGAUUUUUAUCAGAAGAAUUAUAUUUUUAUCAACUAAAUUUUAUUUUCAUUGAGUUUUACCCACAAAAUAAUUAAAAUCUCAUUUAAUUUUUGCAAUCGUCGAAAAAGCAAAAAUGCUAAGAAAAUAUAAAAAACAAUCGAAGUGUUGCUAAAUAACCGAGGAAAAUCCAAAUGGCUGAAGCCAGACAACCAAUUGUAAAUCUUCGGCAAAUCGAGUUCGACGAAAUCCAUAACAGAGAGAUUGUUGGCAGAGGAUCCUUUGGAACUGUUUACAAGGCUGAGUGGCAGAAUCAUUAUGUGGCAGUUAAGGAAUUUUACAUCACAGCCGAACAAAAAGCAAUUCAAGCCGAGGUGAAACAAUUGUCUAGAGUUGUGCACCCGAAUAUUAUUGCAUUGUAUGGCGUUUCGAUUCAAAACGAAUGCGUCUAUCUUAUCAUGGAAUACGCAGAAGGAGGAUCCCUCUAUGAUUUUCUCCAUGGAAAGGCGAAGCCAUACUAUUCAGCGGCCCAUGCAAUGAACUGGGCACUCCAAUGUGCAGAGGGUGUUGCAUAUUUGCAUGCUAUGAAACCAAAGCCCAUCAUUCACAGAGACUUAAAACCACCAAAUUUAUUACUUGUAAACUCUGCAAGGAAUUUAAAAAUUUGUGAUUUUGGAACAGCGGCAGAUAAAUCAACUUGGAUGACAAACAAUCAAGGCAGUGCAGCUUGGAUGGCACCAGAAGUUUUCGAAGGGUCACAUUAUUCAGAAAAGUGUGAUGUUUUUAGUUGGGGUAUAAUUCUAUGGGAACUGUUGGCUCGACAACAACCCUUUAAAGAUGUACAACAUGCUUUGUCGAUAUUGUGGGGAGUUCAUAAAGGCAACCGUCCACCAAUAAUAGAAGGCUGCCCCAAGCCAAUCGAAGAACUCUACACAUCUUGUUGGAGUCGUGAACCAUCAGACCGUCCAUCUAUGCAGCACGUUGUAGAAAUCAUGACUUUACUCUGCGAGUAUUUUCCUGGUGCCGAUCAGCCACUAGAAUAUAAAGAAACAUUAAAUUUUCACCAACAAUCGUCUAAAGAAUUCAGCGAAACUGAUGCUACCAUCGAUAACAGUCGUGUGUGCUUUAGUCCUUGGUCCUCUUUGCAUUCAUCACAGAAAACACCAACAAAUUCAGAAUCAGUUCGUCAUCUGGCAAAUAUGUUUAAUAAUCUUAGUAAUGCAAAUAGUCCGAAUAGUGCAGGCAAGAGAUCACCUCGUUUUAGUCCUAGUGUAUCUACGUCAACUUUAAAUAAUAAUAAUAAUAAUGAUUCAAUUUCUGAAGAGAAGUCUGAUUCUUGGAGUUCAUCAGUUCAUUCGAAUGAUCCUUUCCGUUUGAAACCAUCACAAGAGACUGUCAAUAGAAAUGAAACAAUCAGAAAUGAAAUUCUAAAACGGGGAAAUCUUCCAAUGAUGACUGCUCCUUCAGUGGAAAUAGAUCCUAAUGCAUGGGAACUGAAAAACGACAAUAUGGUUGACUUUUUUGAAAACACAUCAAAAAGUGAUAGUAAACAACGUUUGACUGUCACAGAAACAAAACCAGUGAUACCCGAAGACGAUGAUGAUGACGAAGACGACGAUGACCUACCAAACGCUUGCUCAGUCGACGAUGACUAUGCGGCCGAUCAAUCGUUACAUCAAAUGCUAGAUCCUUCCCUGCAACCAGAGCUUCCAAUACCAAAUAAUAGACUUUCACAAGAAAUCUACCAGGAUCACACUAGACUAGCCAAAGAAUAUUUGCGUGUAGACACAGAAUUAUAUUAUGCAACUGACCGGCGUGAUAAGUAUUUGGCUUCGCUGGAUCCCAUCGAACGGGAACAGAAAAUAAUUCUAAUGAAAAAGCUUGAAGAGAAGGAAGAACUUCUUGAAUUAUACAACGAUCUGAAACAACAAAUAGAACGGAUUCGUGCCACGCAACAAGCGACGACGACGCCGACGAUGACGUCGUCGCCGACAUCACCUCAACUAAAUUCAACGUCUGAUCCCCAAACAUCACGAUCAGUAAAUGUCUUGCAAUCACAAAUAAGCAGUGAUAGUCUUGCCGCAGAUCCUGCUGAUGAUGGCUGGGUUCUGAUUCCUACAAAAGAAAACAAUACGUAGCAAUCGUUGAGCUAUGCAGCAAAAGAAAAACCUUGAUCCUAAGUCAUUUAUUUUUGUUAGUUAAUUAAGUUUUAUUUUAUUAGCUUUGUAAGUACUUAAAAAAAUUAUAAAAACAAGAAAAACAAAAACAUUUAUCACUAAAGUGUGAUCGUGAAAUGUGCGUGAGCGUUGAACUGAAUGUUGUUUCCUUCAUAAAAACAUACACAUAUAUAUAGAUACAUGCAUACAAACCUACAUACAUACAUAUAUACAUAUUUACCUACCUAAACUAUUAUUGUUAUUUUUAUUAGGAUAUAAAUUAAAUAAAUAAAGUGUUGCCAUAUACGUAAGGAUAUA